AUGACGAAGGUGUCGCCGUCCAUAGCUACGGUUGAGGGCGCAUCGUCAUAUAAGAGGACUACUGACACAAAAAAUGUGGAUUUGCUAGGAUCCUAUACAGAAAGUCUAAAUGUUGAACUACUGGAGCGUGGUCGCCGUGAUCUCCGGAAGAUUCUUGAAUCUGUUAAAGGGCAACUUACGCAAGCACAAUAUGAACUUAUAUUGACAGAAUCCUUGACCUUAGACACCCUUAUGUCGACUAGUGACAAGUUGCAUUCUGGAAAUACCGAAACUAAAUAUCUGCUUCUAAAAAGGCGUUAUUACGUCGAUCCUGAUGGCAUCGUUCGAGACCACAAGAAACACGAUAGUGUAGUAUGUGAACCAGAUUUGAUGUUCGAUUUGAUUAUGGGUAAUCAUUUGCAAAAUGAACAUGUUCAUUGGAGAAAACUCCAUAAAGAUUUGAGAGCUGAGUAUGCGAACGUCACAAGAGCUUUUGUCCAAAUGAGUACACGUUACUGUUCGAAAUGCAAUCCAAAAGAGCUAGUGAAGCCUUUUAAAAAAUUCAAACACGCAAAUAUUUACAAAGGGUUGAUGCCAUUAGAGCGGAUACACAUUGAGAUUUUUUCACCUUUCGAAAAGCUUAUAGAGGGGAAAUACUCACACGUUCUUUAUUUAAGGGACUAUCAUUCAAGAUUUGUAUGGCUACUUCCGCUAAAAAAUUCAAGUUCACAAGUUAUUUCAUCAUCAUUAGCAUCAUUCCUUCUGUCGCUUCCCCGAAUUCCAAUUUUUCUUGAAACCUCCACUUUAAAUAGGAGGGAAUUGUUUGAGAUAUGUCAAACUAUAGCCAUACAGUUUGAACUUUACAUAGGUCUGGGACUGAGUAAUUCCCGAAUAUUUCAGAGAAACGGAAUUGAUCGAAUUCAGUAUUUACUGAGGCUACGGAAAGAUGACUGUCUAAAUGAUUGGAAUAUGUGCUUGAAGCAUGGUUCUCACUACAACAAUUCGCAUUAUAAUACAGGGAUACUAGGUAUGCCUAAAGAUCUAAUUUUCAGCAGCCUUGAUGGUUAUGCAAAGCAAUUUGAACUCAAGCGGGAGAAAAUUCUUGAUGAGUUGUUCUCACACAACGUUGUUAUAUUAAGUGAAAAUGGUAAGCGUCGUGGCUUAAUAUAUGUGGAAGAUGAACGUGAUGGAUUCAUCAUGGAAGAUGAAGAAUACAUUGCUGGUGAUGAAGAGUUCAUUGCUGGUGAUCAGGACCUGCCGAGUGGAGAUCAAGAAUCUCGUGACGCUCUAACUAUGAAUACACCGUCCUUAGAACCUUCAAUUUCGCAUAAAAAUUCUAAUGUCUCGAAAAGAACGCGAACAGACCUGGACACGGAUGCUACAAUGACAAGAAAAAAAUCAAGGAGUACCUCUGUAAUAGAUAUGAGCGAAGAAAUCAGCGGACCCUCAUCAUCUUUCUUUCAGCAAGUAGGCAAUUCACUAGAGACGAAAGCAGGACCCUUUGAAGACUCAGUAGAACUGUAA